UUGGGGAAAACACCACAACGUCAACUUCAACGUUGGGCCGCUGAACAUGGCGAGCUUUUCCAGAUCAAACUCGGAUGGGAGAACUGGGUGUUUGUCAACAGCCCUGAGGCCGUCCGGGAAAUUUUCGACAAGCAAUCGGCCAAGACAUCAGGAAGAAUGCCAAUGCCAGUCAUAUCCGAUCUUCUUUCGGGCGGCAACCGGCUUCUGUUAUUGACUUACGGCACAAAAUGGCGACAGUUGAGAGCAAUCGUUCACAAGUUGUUGACACCGAAAGCAUCAGAGACAUACAAGCCGUCACAAGAGUUCGAGGCGAAGCAGUUGAUAUACGACAUCGCAACAGACAAUGAUGGCCAGGAGAGAUUUUACCAGCACGUUCGUAGAUACACAACAUCUGUGGUAUUGACCAGUACCUACGGACAACGAGUUCCGACCUUGGGCUCCGAGAACAUGCGGGAGAUUUAUCAGCUUCUCAAGGACUUUUCAGAAGCAGCAGAGCCAGGUGCUUACCUUGCAGAUCUGUUUCCACCGCUUGCCAAUAUCCCAUCAUGUUUCCAAUGGUGGCGCUCAGGAGCACUUCAGGCCUACCAUAGACAGAAGAAGACUUGGAUGCACUACUGGGACGACUUGAAGUCGGCGGUCCUGGAGAAACGAGCUCCAGAAUGCUUUGUUAAACACUUUCUUGAGACGGACUUCGAGAAGCUGGGAAUCACGGACGUACAGGCUGGUUUUGCAGCAGGAUCCAUGAUCGAAGCCGGAUCAGAAACUACGUCGUCUGCUCUCAAUAGCGCCAUUCUCUAUCUGGCGGCCAAUUCUGAUAUCCAAGAAUCUGCGAACAGCGAACUAACACGAGUGGUUGGUGACGAUAGAUCCCCCACGUUCUCGGACGAGGCAGACCUACCGUACAUCAGAGGUAUUGGCAAAGAGGUCCUCCGCAUCCGACCCGUGACGACUAUAGGGAGCCCGCAUUACACGACCUCAGACGUCUUCUAUAAGGACUAUCAUAUCCCCAAGAAUACAGUGGUCGCCAUUCCGCAGUAUGUUCUCCACUUCGACUCGCAAAGAUGGAGUAAUCCAGAAGCCUUCGACCCGUCACGAUACUUGGACUAUCCAGAGAAAGCAGGCUUCUACGCCACUCAGGGAGAUGCAAAAGGUCGAGACCACUUCGACUUUGGCGCUGGUCGUCGUAUUUGCCCCGGAAUGCAUCUGGCUGAGAACAGUGUCUUCGUGACAAUCGCCAAGAUUCUGUGGGCCUUCAAGAUCGAGCCACCGCUUGAUCCCAACGGUAAGGAGCAGCCCAUGGAUUUAUCCGACGAUGCGUACGAGCCCGGAGUCAACACUCUGCCCAAACCUUUCAAAGUCCGCUUCAUUCCGCGAAAUGCAAGACGAGCAGAGGUCCUGAAAGCGGAAUGGGCUCAAGCUCAAGAAGAGGGAUUCUACUUGGGACAAGUGAAGGUCGACACGAUGGGAAUGUUCCAGGUAUCAACCUAUGACCUUUCACUGUGGGUGGUGCAGACCAAGUUCCUGUUGACUUUCUACGCCACCUUCAGCGGCGACCAAGACUUGGUUACUACUUCAAUCGAUGAAAGUGGUUUUUACACUCUCGUUUACGGGCGCAUUCGGAACACCGUAAGUAAAACCGCGGCAAAACGCGGUAACAUGACCUGGUCAGACUGGGUGGAGCGUGAAUCAUGGAAGAGACUCUUGAGCAGCAUAUAUGUGGCGGGCACAAUCAGGACGGUAAUAUACGGCGUCAAUCCCAUCUUCAAUGCGUCCACCGACCUCGAUGUCGAAUGCCUUCAUGACGAAAGUCUUUGGAACGCUCGCUCCUCCGACGAAUGGGUUGAGUUACGGCCCAUGUAUCAAAACCAAGAUCGCUGCACCAUAAGGGGUAUUUUGGAAGACAUCCUUACAGGGGCGAGAGAUUCGAGCAGAGUCUCGUUGGCGCACUCUUCCCCCCUAUGCAUGCUCACGGUUACGCAUGCCAUCUUGGUUCACAUGUGGCACCUCAACCAGAUCUCGCAGGCAUCUCCCUCAUACUCUUUCUCACACCAGACCCCUCUGAGCCAAUCGCUUUUGCAAACUGCUCUGGCGUCCCUCUCAACAUGUUGCAAGCUCCUCCACGCCCAAAAAGAACGACUUGAGGACGCGGACGAAAGAGAGGUUUUAUCCAUACAGUUCAGCUCGCAUGCGGUUCUUCGAGCUGCGUUCAUCCGGCUCUUCGAUAUCACGAAGCCUUUCGAUCGGCUCAGCCUCAUGGCGAAAGAUCCAGCUGAGAUUGCGGCCUCGGUCGACGUUUUUGCGAGAGCGCCCCUGAAGAGGGAUCACUUGCUGUUGGACGUGGUUGAAAAAACACUGGAGGGAUUCCAUAUGCCAUUCAGACUAGGGCAUAUGCUGAUACGGAAAACCGCUGCGUUUCGGUGGAGUAUCGAGCAUGCAGUCGCAGCUUGGGACGCAGGUUUGUUCGUCACGAAAUGGGUUCAUUCUGUCGAGAUGGAUGCUUUGAGCGGUCUUCAGCCAACCGCGGCGGAGAACGAGCUUCUUCUGGCAAUGAAGGAGGUUCUUGAGGAGGCCGAUUAUGACCCUCACGAGGACAGAUCAUUUGCUGCCGAAUUGGCCCGAACUUGGAGUUUAUUUCUUGGAGACGUAUGGGUUUGGGGUAUCACCGCCCGCAUGGGGAAGGUCUUGGAGCAAUUAGCACAGGCUUACGAUCAGCAUCAUGAAGAAAGGCGUCUUAUGGGAAUUUGA